AUGUCUGUUAUAAGAAGUAAUGAAAAUUUAUCGAUAAUUCCACCAUUGGUUCCACCUAAUCAAACCCCCGCACCUCCACCAGUUCCAACUGUUUGUGAGACCUGCAAAAAUUGCAUCACAAUUAAAGCUCAUGCUUUAAAGUCUAAUUGUCAUCAUUAUUUCCACAAAUCUUGUUUUGCUAAAUAUACACAAAACAAAACUAACUGUCCAACAUGUAAUUGCCAUAUUACACUUCCUAAAGUAACAGCUUCAAAAACUCAAACAAAAUCAAACUUUACAGUUACUACUAGAAAUCAAGCAAAACAACAGCAAUUAGAUGAGAAUAGAUUUGCAGGUGAAUCACAACCUAGACCAACUACACCAAACACUCCCCGUAGCCAUUCUUCUCCCGAAAGUGCAGAGAAUCAACCUCAUUACAUACGAAAUUUAGUUACAGCUGCAGUUGGAGCUCAACAAGCUGAAAUGCUUUCUUCACAAUUAACACAACUAAUUCAAAGUAAUAUCGAAGCAGGGUUCCGUAGAAUGUCUAUUAAUAAUAACACUACUUCUAUUCCGCUCAUCGAGCAAAACAAUAUCCAAAAUUAA